GGCAUGAAACAGAAUUUUAUACAAACUAAUUUGACUUAGUAGUUAACCUUCUUUUGAAUAUGUAAACUAGAAAUAUUUGACUCUGGUUAACCUAGAUACAAUAAAUCACAAUCUUGAAAGAGCACUAUACAAUAUUUCAUAGUAUGUAUGGCAGAGAGGUAAAAGUUUUCACGGAGGUGAGACUAUGGCCUGAGAUUACAGCAAGGACACUUGACAGCCGUUAAUGCAUUACAAAAGUGACAGUCAAACUAAACCAUUUUCUUCCAGUGAUAUAGCGGUAUGUCUGCGGAUACCCGUGGUAGGCAGGGCUUUGUGCUUAAUAACAAACAACAACAACUAAACCAUUUUAUUAGUAUGGUCCAUAAGGUCGCUUUGGGUGAUAUAUCAUCAGCUCAAAAUUAGGGUUUUGCUAACCCUCUUGUAUCUUGGCGCGAAUAUAAGAAACAAAGAUUGAAAAAUUCUGUUAAAAAAAAGUUCAAGUAAGACCAUGUCUUUAUUGGACAUUUACUAUUCUGACAAAACUAACACUGGGGAGACCGAGUGGACAGCACAGCAUAAUGAUUUAUUUAUCUUAUUUUUAUAAUAAUUGAAUCUCGUUUUACGUCUAAUGAAGUACAAAUAUCUUUCUGAAGAAGAGAAAUUUAAUGCUAUAUUGUUACCUUAGGAUAAUUAUGUUAAACUAUAUUAUAUGAUGGAUAUACAGUACGUUGUUUUUAGUUGCUUUUUUAUUUUAGCUUUGAAAAAAAUCAGUAUCGUUUUUUUCUUCCUGUAACGUGCAUAAUACUAUUUAUUUACAAAUUGACUCUGGCCUUGCAUUUCUAUACGAUGUUAAAAUGUCAAGAACUCCUGCUUUGAAAUUAAAAUUUCUAAGGGUCUGAAAUUGUAUUCCACUUGUAUGACUGCAGUUCUUUUUAACUAAUACGUUUAGUUACUUAGCAUUGCGUUCACUCAUAAAGGUUCUUAAAUGAAAAUAUUAAAUGAAACAUGAACUUACAGUGUUACUGUUGAGAAGAGCCAAAAAUUGUCUCUAGAACGUUCGCGUAAUGUUGGUUUAGAUAUUGAACUUUCUAGGUUGCGCUAUGAUAACUCAGAUUGCGCAAUACUGGAAGAGCAGAAGUUACGUAAACGUUUCUCGAAUGUUCUCCUAAUGGUAUGGUUGAUUUCUAGAAGUAGGUAGAGGGCCUACCACAACCUAUAUAAGAGAUCUCGACAGGAAUUAAGUUAGAAGUUUUAGAUCGUGACACCGGCGUAUAAAUUUGAGUAAGAAAAAAAUCUACAUUCUUUCAAGUUAAGGUAGUUUUUAUGGCUUUUUCGCGUAGCUUAGUACCUGUAUUGCUUGGUCAAGACUGGUGGGACGCCUGGGAUUUUCCUAGUCGUAUCGCAGAUCAGCAUUUCGGGCUUGGGAUUCAUGACAGUGAUAUUUUAACACCAACUUUGUAUCAUGGCUACUAUGUACGGCCCCGGCGUCAAGUAAGCCGUAAGGUAGGUAGCGGCCUCUCUCAGGUGAAAAAUGAAGCCGAUAAAUUCCAGCUAUUACUUGAUGUGAGCCAUUUUAAGCCUAACGAAAUAAAUGUGAAAACUGUUGAUAACUGCGUUGUUAUUGAAGGUAAACACGAAGAAAAGCCAGAUGAGCAUGGCUUUAUAUCUCGACAAUUUGUGCGACGUUACAUGUUGCCCAAAGAAGUUGAUCCAGAAACCGUACAAUCUUCCCUGAGUUCGGACGGAAUUUUGACGGUUGAGGCACCUAAGAAAGCCUUGGAGGGUGAGCAGCCAAAUGAACGAGUGGUACAGAUACAAAUGAGCGAUAAACCGGCAGUGAAAGAAGGACAGCAAGAACGGUGAAAAUGUAUGCUAGUGAUGAGCUUCUGAUACUUUUCUUUUUUGCAAAAUGAAACUAUUACUAAACGAUUCACGUGUUAUCUUUAUUACUAGAUUUUUCCGUUGUCCUGUCUCUUAUUUCUGUAUGAUACUGAUAGUUUGUGAUUUCUGUUAACGUUGAUGUAACAAUCAAGAUUUCUUUAAUGAUAAUAAAUAGGUAAUAUCUGUUUA